ACUAGACUCAUCUCGCCCUCCUUCGGACGUUCAUUAUCACUCAUAUCACCAUCAAGGCCCCAUUGACCCUCAAUUCGGACCUUCCCGGACCUCACGGCGAUCCAGUGAGAAAGCUGGACCUGUCGCUGCGCUGCAGUCGAUUGCCAAAGUGCGGGAAGAAUCGUCCUGCUCUACUCUGCUCCCUACGUGCACACGAUGUCUCGAAUCACCCAGCAACGACAACAAUGCAUCUAGAUAAACCAGCGAGCUGCUUCUAUACUUUAUAGCAGGCCCGACCAGCCUCUUGGCUCGCCUGCGAACGCCUGCCGACCAUGUCUCUGCACCUAAAGCGACUCGUAUCUGGGGGACAGGCGCGCUUUGUCCAGGAUGGAGUCGAUCUUGACUUGGUCUACAUCACAGAUCGUCUGCUCAUCAUGGCCUUCCCGUCGACGGGCGUACCCACAGUAUGGCGCAACAAUCGGCAUGAGGUCCGCCGCUUCCUCGAUGAGAGACAUGGAAAAGGGUGGCGAGUGUGGAACUUCCGGCCCAAAGAUGAAGGCGAAUACGACGAAGAGGACUUUUAUGGCAGAGUCUCAAGAUACCCAUUUCCGGAUCAUCAGCCGCCUCCCUUGUCUCUGAUACCCAUGGCUGUGGCGGAUAUGACCGCCUGGCUAGCCGAAGACCCCAAGAAUGUCAUAGUCAUUCAUUGUAAAGCUGGCAAGGGCCGCUCGGGCACAAUGGCUUGCAGCUACCUGAUCUCUCUUCCCAAGCUCCCCUUACCGCCCCGGGAGUUGCGGAACAUCAGCAUCGCAAAGCACAAGACAAAGAGCGGACAGGACAUCCCGACUGGAGGACUGGCGCAGAAUGCUCUGUUUGACUCUCCAGCGGAGGAUGCAAAGUCUGGGGCAUCGGCCCAAGCAAUCACGAGCAAUGAGUACGACCCAUCAGUCUGGCGGAGCAAGAUAGAAGCCGCUCUCGCGCUCCAUUCUUCGCAGCGGAUGAAGCCAAAAGCCGCAAGCGCUGGGCCGCUAGCUGUCUCGAUGAACACUGUGUCUUCUGCCAACUACGCUAAUGCACAGGCGGCAGACGGACUGACGAGCCAUGCGGAUCUGCAACGACCGAAGUCCAUGGCGUUGGGUCUCACACCUGGAGGUAAGAUAUCUCAUGUGCAGAGCGUUUCUGUAGAUGCGGGCAGGCGGUUGGCACAAAGUGAAGGUUUUGCCGCCAACGGAGGCGACGCAUCGCCCGAUGCCACAACGUCGCCCAACUCCCGCGGAGAGCACGCCUCACUCGACACCACGUCACAGGCGCCAUACCAAUCGCAAGACGAGAACGACGAUCACAAGAGUCCCUCUCUGGUCGGGCGCGUAGGAGUGUCAAUUGCCUCGCAACGUCGUUGGAUGGGCUACUGGGCGCGGCUACUGGCGCAACAAGAUGCGCGAGCUUCCUUGACGCACCUCGCACCAGCGCAGAGCUCCAGAGUGAUCCGCAUCCUGCGCAUCAGUAUCCUGCAAGACCUCAAGACGUCCGCCGAUACCUCCAGCGUCGAUUCGACGAACGGAGCGUCCCAUGCUACACCAGGCGGAGGCCAUAGAAGCGCUAUCUCGGCGGCUCGUCAUUUCGGCAAAUUGGACAGCUUCAAGCUUUUUGUAGGCCAAUACGAUACUGCUCUGGUCACGCAGCUCGAAGACUUUGAGCGAGACGCCCGCAGAAGGCAAAGCGUCAAAAAUUCUGGCUCUUCUGACUCGAGAGACGCCACUGGAGGUCCUGCUAUCGGUGACUCCAACGACGUGGGGAAGGGCAGUGCUGCACAAUCGUCUUCGAAGCGGCUGGCGCAACACGGCAACGAGGAAGGUGUAGGGCAGUGGGGCUUCGACGUCGUCACCGAGGCAGAGAAAGCGCGCCGUUUCCACUGGCCUGAUACUCCCAGCAGCGGCGGCAGUGGGCGUAAGUUCGACUUCUUCGAUUGGUUUGCCAAGCUCAAGGAGAGCGAGAGGGUCGUCGGAGGAGGUGAGGAAGCGGGUGAAGAGGGGCAUAGCACCGAUACGGUGUGGCACCACUUCGAUCUGGAUCCUACCAGCAGCAACGCCUCGUCCAAGGCCAAUUUAGCCUCCCUUUCCAAAGCCCCGUCUGCAGCCUCCCCACCUUCUCCUUCCCAUUCCCCGUCCUCUUCGGCAUCCCAAGGUCUCCUCGUCUCUCCGGAUCGCGAGCUCUGCCUUCGAGUUCAAUCGCGCAACAAGGUGCUCAAUGCUCUCCUCCCGGACAUUGCCUCUUCGGCCGGAUGGGUGUGGUUGAUCCCUGCCUUUGAGGAACCUCGUUCUGCGGGGGAGAUUAGGAGGGGGGAUAGGACCACGGUGCGCUUUGCUAGGGAGGAGGUGGAUUUUGCAAAGAAGAUUACGGGCUUGAGGGGGGUGCAGGUGGAGUGGGAGUGGGUGAGCACGGGGAAUCAGUCGUGACUGGUUGGGAGUGGGGCAGGAGGAAGGAGCGGAGAGGAUGGAGGAAGUGAGAGCUUCGCCUCCAUGGGCAGACAUCAGUGACGGGAACACUCUUGAACCCGUUGCGCCUCUGAGACGUGAAGAGUAUCCGAAUGUAAUCUAUUGCAUCUGACCUC